AAGGCGGAUUAAGACUGGCAAGACAUUAAAUCCAACCUCCCUCCACACAGAGGCAGCGCGCAGCCUAUCAACCUGAUCUGAAGAUCGAAAAUAGGAGGGCUUAUAAUAAUCAGCCCUUCAGACCCAUGACAAGGAAAAGUGCGGCGGCGUCGCGGGAGCGCUCGGCUCAAAAAGCAGGACGCUCACUGGCGCCGCGCGCUCAGCACACCGCCUAACCAACCAGAGGGCGCGCACACCGACGGACGGGCAGCGGCGGGCACGGCGGCAGCCUCCCGUCACAGAUGCGUUUUUAAAGCCAACUCCGACGCGUUGGAACCGGACGAGAGCGAGGGACGGGGAGAAGCGGAGCGGCACGCGGCGCACUUUUUGGGGGGGGGUUUGAACAGAGUGCCGUUGAACCUUCGUUUUCUCCGGAUGCUCAGAAAUGGGGGAAUGGACUAUACUAGAGAGGCUCCUGGAGGCUGCUGUCCAGCAGCACUCUACUAUGAUAGGAAGGAUCCUACUAACAGUGGUGGUGAUCUUCCGGAUUCUAAUCGUAGCAAUAGUUGGAGAGACUGUCUAUGAUGACGAGCAGACCAUGUUUGUAUGUAACACGUUGCAACCGGGCUGCAAUCAGGCAUGCUACGACAAGGCAUUUCCCAUUUCACACAUUAGAUAUUGGGUUUUUCAAAUCAUCAUGGUGUGCACCCCGAGUCUGUGUUUUAUCACGUACUCGGUGCACCAGUCGGCCAAGCAGAAGGAGCGGCGCUACUCCACGGUCUAUCUGACGCUAGACAAGGAUCAAGAUUCGCUGAAACGCGACGAGAGCAAAAAGAUAAAGAACACCAUCGUUAACGGAGUACUUCAGAACACGGAGAACUCCACCAAAGAAGCCGAGCCAGACUGCUUAGAAGUCAAAGAGAUCCCUAAUUCGGCCAUGAGAACUACAAAAUCCAAAAUGAGGCGACAAGAGGGCAUCUCCAGGUUUUACAUCAUCCAGGUGGUUUUCAGAAACGCGCUGGAAAUAGGCUUUUUGGUGGGUCAGUAUUUCUUAUAUGGAUUCAACGUCCCGUCUGUGUACGAGUGCGACCGCUACCCCUGCAUCAAAGACGUCGAGUGCUACGUCUCCAGACCCACGGAGAAGACGGUGUUCCUGGUCUUCAUGUUCGCGGUGAGCGGCUUUUGCGUGGUGCUCAACCUGGCGGAGCUCAAUCACCUGGGCUGGAGGAAAAUCAAGACGGCCGUGCGGGGCGUGCAGGCGCGACGGAAGUCCAUUUACGAGAUCCGAAACAAGGACUUGCCCAGGAUGAGCGUGCCUAAUUUCGGCCGCACUCAGUCCAGUGACUCUGCGUAUGUGUAGCACGUGGGGGGGACAGAAGACGUGUACAAACACAUGGACAUGACGGACAGAUCCGCACGCCUAAUCCGUGUCAUGACUUAGAGUGGGCCGACUUUCCUUUCGUUGUUUUUGAUUGGUUUGAAGGACUACAUGGCAAGCGUGGAUUACACGUUUGUUUCUUUAUUAUUGCACUGAUGCAACUUUUUAAGUAACGUUUAUACUCUGUAAGAUGCUGAACGGAGACCGUGUAAACGUGUUCACAUAUUUACUCCUUGUGGGCUGUUCUGCUGUACUUGAAGAGAGUAAACGCAAAAAUUGCACUAAGAGGUGAACGCUUGAGAGCCUGACCUUAUCCAAAAUGUGCUACUGACCUGACAGUGUUUUUAAGGCUUUUUCUUUCCAACUCUUUUUGGCACCAACCUAAUUAGACGACACCAUAAACAGUGGUUGACCAUUCAGAUUUAUAUAUGCAUAGACAUAUGAAUCCAUGCUGACUCUGGUGCGACCUAGUGGAAAUACAUCAGCGUAAUUCACGUUUUUUUGUUGCCUGUGUUGCACCACUGACCUUAACAUAUGUAACCAUUCCACUGCUUUAUAGCUAACUUGCAAAACAAUAUCUGGUGAAUUUGCUGCAAACGCUAACGUCUGUGACUUCCUUAAUUUAUGACACACCAAAGCGCCCACUGCUUUUAUUUGUGAAGUGUUCUCUUGCUUUUGUGUAAUCAAGUGCCAUACUUGUAUAUAAACAUAAUAUAUAUGUAUACAUAUAAAUAUAUAAAUAUAUAUACUAAUCAUCAUGAAAGCUGAUUCCCUGCUUGGAUUAUGCUAAAUGCAGCCCAAUUUUUUUAUUUGCUUCAGAUGCAUUUGUUGUAAUUUAAAUGAUAAAAAAGAGAGUUCUCUCUAGUUGAUUUUGCAAAUGACUGGAAAAAGAAGUGAAGUGCUAGACUUUUUUACAAAUGUCUCUCCUCAAUCAAAGCUGGUCGAAACUGAAAAACAGCACAAAUUGACAUUUUUAUCAGAGACUGGGCAAUACAAAAUCGGCUCUGGUGCUACAGUUUUUCAUAGAAUGGUUUUAAAUGUAACCGAAACACACCAGGAAACGACGACAAACAUCCUUUUUUUUCUGUGGAAAAUAAAAGUGGGAUUCAUGUACACCAGAAA